AUGAGUGGUGGCGAAUACGAAUUACGUGUUGACGCUGGAGAAAUCUUGCCUUCUACUGAAUCGGAAAGGAUUCAGUCCGAAGAGAUAAUAAAUACUAUUGUGUCUCAAGCCCUCGAUCUCAGUGGGGAGGUUUCGGACCCUGCUUGUUUCAAGCUGCAGCAAAUCAUUCAGUCUCAGUCAAUGCCUACCAUCGCCUCCUAUGUCGGGGGGGCCCUAGUUGACUCCUCUGUUAGUCGUUCUGGGAACGCGGCUUUAUCGUUUCGAAUUAUCAAGCGCCUUCAAACCUCUGUAUCACCCCCUGUGAAUAGUCUUCUCGAGUGCGGGAUUUUCGACAAAAUCCAUGAACACACUUUACGUCUCAUCGACAGUGAUUUCCUACGAAAAAUGGCCGGUAUAAAGCCACUCGAAACCUCGGAAUCCGGCGACUCUGUCGUUGCUGAUAAUCGUCCGGUUCUUCUAGUUGAACUACUGCAUUUGACUGUAAUGUGCAUAACGGAGCUGUACAAAACUGAGGAUGAUCAGGUGAAUCUCCCGCCUCUCAACCCCUGUAUCGAUUUGUGCAUUCUUGCAGAGGUCGUACUUCGGGUUCACCUAGAUUCGGUGAAGACCGAGGCGUCGAAAUCGGAGCCACCAUCACCGUCCCAAGUCACCCUCACCACCACUGCCGACGCUAUCACCGCUCCUGCCACCUCUCUCCAGUCACCACAGCGUUCCCCUCGGAAGAAUGAGUGGAAUUGUCUCCUUGACGCCUUUCUCUCAAAACUUAAUCAAACUUUGCCCUAUUUCAAUCUACUGUUUCAGUACUCGGAGGCCUAUGUUCUUCCUACCACCUGGGUGUCAACUUCCUGCCUAAAUCCUCCUUCUUCUUCCUCCAAGGAUAAUCAGAGUUUGCUGAAGACGGAUUUUAUUACUUCCCAGCACCUAGCAACAUUAGUAGAUAAGGUGCUCUUUCGAGUGAAGCAUAUGAUGAUUUUGGACAAUGGAUUUCCCUCCAAGUGGAUUCGUUCCACGGCUAUGGACUUACUCCUUGCUGGAGCCUCGUUGUACAACCCCAUGUUCGUCUGUGGAGGCGGUGCGAGCGAGUGGCGUGGAGGCUCCGACGAUGAGGAUGACAUUGUGAUUGAGGGGGUUACGAGCACUGAUAACCCAGAGGUGUUGAGGGACUUUCGCCACUUUCUCGCCUCCACAGGCCAGUCUUAG